GCGACACUGGCAAAAAUGAUAACGUAGGAGAAGGAAGUGUCAUACUGGAAUAUUGAAUAUCCAUGCUAGUGGACUUUUCAGGAUCCAUUCAAACACUUUAGUGAACAGUUCACAUGUCUCCAAUCUCUACAAUGCUCGACGACACCCCGCUGUUCGAUCCUUCUCUGCUUCAUGAACUGGACUGGAGCAGCAACACUGUCUCCUUCUCACCCCCGAUUUCCCCCUCUCAGCCUGGGGAGGGUCUGGUCCUCAGACCCCUGUGUACAGCUGAUCUAGACAGAGGCUUCUACAAAGUCUUAUCGCAGCUCACAGUAGCCGGCGAGGUGACAGAAGAGCAGUUCAAAGCAAGUUUUGAACAUAUGAAGAGAACUGGAGACUAUUAUGUCAUUGUGGUGGAAGACACAAAUCUUGGACAGAUUGUUGCCACGGCAAUGCUUAUCAUAGAACACAAAUUCAUCCAUUCUUGUGCAAAGAGAGGACGUGUUGAGGAAGUGGUUGUAAGUGAUGUAUGCAGAGGAAAACAGCUCGGAAAACUGUUGGUAUCAACAUUGACGCUCCUCAGCAAAAAAUUACAGUGCUACAAAGUAACACUGGAGUGUGCACCAAAAAACGUGGAAUUCUAUAAGAAGUUGGCGUACUCCGCAUCAGACGAGACUUACAUGCAGUGCCGUUUUUUUGACUGAACCCAGAAAGAUCUAAAACAUCAUAGAAUGUUUGGUGACUCAUUAUGAACUGUUAUGAGGUCUUUUCUCUAAGUUGGUAUGAUCAUACUACCUCGAAGUUGCACCUUUUAGCCGGCAAAAAAAGAACCGUAAAACUUGAUACUUUGAUGACAGGUUAUGUGAUAUUAACUAGGCAUUGUGAAUUGAGAUUUUUAACAUGACUGCAACACAGAACAAAACAUAGUCAUGAAUGUUCUGUCUAAAUGUUUCAAGCACUUGCUUUGAAAUGUGCAGUUCUUUCCUCUAAAACAUGACACUUUUUUCAGAAUUCGUAUGAAGACCGCAUUAUAAUUUGAUCACAUACUUAAUACUGUGGCCUGCCAAAGAGGAAAGACCCAAUUGGUUUGUCGUAAUGUACUUGAAUAAUUUCUAAUGGUUUCAUACAGAGAUCUUUCUGUACUAGGCGUUGUAUCUUUUAUUGUCGACGUCAAAGACAGAAAACAAUAAUUUUUCAGCUUUGAAGUAGUUUUAACAACACUAUUUACAAAACUGCUUGUUGAAGGGUUUCCACUUAGAGGUAUGGUGUAGUUUGUGCUUUCUGUUCUUUAAAAGGUACCGAAACGAAGAUCACGUUUGUCAUUAUGUGUAUUCUAUGAAAGGUGAAUUGAAUCUGUCUGAAUUUUAAUAUUCUUCUCAUCAGCAGGUACUUGGCUUUAAUGUAGAAAUCAAUAAUAGAAUGUUUACAUUUAUUUAUUAUGCUGAUGUAUUUGUCACAAGAUUUUGGCUCUAGUGCAAGCCACUGUUGAUAUACAGUAUAUAUUGAAUCAAUAGUUAUGUACACAUCAGAAUGAAGGCAAAUAAAUUAUUUUGUUGCAAAAUAUAUCCUUAUGCAACAAAUUCAUCUUUAUAGAAUAAAUGCAUCUAUUUUUGUACUUUCAUUGACAGCAAAAAGUGGCAUUUAGUUGGACAGCUUUCAUCUGUUCAUUGUGUCAGUCAUCAAUUUUUUUAACUGUAUAUUGAAAUUAAUGUAAAUCCAUUGAAUGACAAGGUGAAUGGGUCUAAACUGUUACAAUACUGUUAUACUGUAUUUAAAUAAAGGUUUUAAAUCAA